AUGACUCUUACUCUCACUGGAAAUGAAAAUAAAAAUAAAAAUAAAAAUAAAAAUAAAAAAAGACAUUUGAAUUUCACUUUCAAAAGAAAUUCAAAAAUUAAUUUUGCAACUUUUACAAUAUCUCAAAAUUCAAAAGAAUCAAAUUCUUCUUCAAUUAAACAAAACAACAUUCAAACCGAUAUAACUAAUGAUAAAAUCUAUGAUAAACUUCAUGAUAAACUUCGCGAUAAAAAAUUUAAAAACAAAAACCCUCAAAAUAAUUCAACUAGUUUUGAAAACAAAAUUUGCAAUUUAAAUACCAUCAAUUUCAAAACAAUCAAUGACUGUAAUUUCAAAACUGACAGUAAUGUAUACUCAUUCACCGACCCAGAAAAUAAAAAAUUUGCUAAAAGAUAUUGCUAUGAUUUAAACUCAAAUCAGCUUCAAACUGCUAUAAAAUUAAAAAAUUGUGUUAUAAUGAGAAAAAAAACUGACUCUCAAAAUUUCUUAAAAGUGGGAAUCAAUAAAACAAAUUAUACCGAUUUUCGAAACCAACUUGUCAAAAAUAAUCCCCAACUUCAAUUUCACAAUCCAUUCGUUCCACUCUAUUGCGAUUAUAUGACUAUUUCAUUGAACGCUGAUAAAAACAAUCUUUUUUUAAAUAUCAAAAACAGUCAAAUUAAUCUUCACGAUAUCCUCAAUCAAAUUUCAAUUAUUUCAAACUUAUCAGUUGUUUUAUGGUUGAAGAAACAUUGUGUUGGGACAGAAUAUCAUAAUAUGGAUACAGAAUGGCAUAUUAGUGGUGAUAUCAUUCAACUAGAUAAAACCCAUCAGAUAUCUGAGACUGAAAAACCUCAUUGUUAUCCCAAAAUAGUCUCUGAUAAUGUCGAUGAAUCAUUUGGCAAUCAAUAUUUCAAACUAAACCUUUUAUCAGAAUAA